CAAACUUUCCGCGAGUCUUCAAUCGACAGCGACCUCCACUGACAACCACCCCUCGAUAUCUGUCUCGAUACUCUCGCAGGCAGAACUAUCGACUCUUGAAUCCGCAAAGAUGGCGGACCGAGAACAACCCGUUACGCUGCGAACUCGCAAAUUCAUCCGCAAUCCUCUUCUCGGCCGCAAGCAAAUGGUCGUUGACAUCCUUCACCCAAAUCGUGCCAACAUCUCCAAGGAUGAACUCCGAGCCAAGCUCGCCGAAAUGUACAAGGCCAACAAGGACCAAGUCAAUGUUUUCGGUCUGCAAACACAAUACGGCGGUGGAAAGACAACUGGUUUCGCGCUCGUCUACGAUUCGCCAGAAGCCUUGAAGAAGUUUGAGCCCCAUUAUCGUCUUGUCAGAGUAGGAUUCGCGUCAAAGAUCGAGAAGCCCAGCAGACAGCAGCGCAAGCAACGCAAGAACCGACAAAAGACUCUCCGAGGUACGGCGAAGGUCAAGGGUGCGGCCAAGAAGAAGGAGAAAUAGACGACUCGCCUUUUCCUGGUGUUGCAGACGGAGGCAAAUUGGUGUUGCGGGAAUGGGCUUUGUGUUUGUACGCAUGCAUUCGCAUUGGCUCUGCAUAUGGUGCUUC